AUGACUUCAAACGUCAACUAUGCAGCCUACCUUGAUCCCAGCACGGAGAAUCCUCGCAUCGGUCAUUUAGACCUCGAGACUGCGACUAUCACCCCUCUCUCCUUCCGAUCUGGUGCUCCCCUGGCCAAUCUCUAUCAGGUCAUUGAAGCGGGAGUACCUCAUAUUGCCCCGUUUCCCGACGAAGAGCCCUUGCCUCUCUCGCGCGUCAAGCUCUUGCCCCCAUUGUCCGGCCGAGAUGUGCUGGCAGUGGGAAAGAACUACGCCGAACAUGCACGAGAAUUCAACGCCUCAGGGUACGAUGCGAGUGACAAGGUUGACCAGCCUACGCAUCCGGUGAUCUUCACCAAGCGAGCGACAUCCAUCAUCGCCAGCGGUGACCCUAUCUGGCCACACCCCUCCUUUACCAGCACCGUCGACUACGAAGGUGAAAUUGGGGUCAUCAUCGGCAAGAAUGGCUUCCAAGUUUCCGAGUCCACCGCUAUGGAUUACGUCUGGGGUUAUACAAUCAUCAACGACAUGACGGCCCGGGAACGCCAGCGUGACCAUAAGCAAUUCUUCUUGGGCAAGUCACCCGAUACCUUCUGUCCAAUGGGGCCCAUCGCUGUCCCUGCCGACGCUCUUCCCGCCAAACUCACUCUUCAGACCUACGUCAACGGGGAAAAGCGGCAGGAGGCCUCCCUGUCUGAGCUGAUAUUCAGCAUACCGCGCCUCAUUGCUAGUAUCAGUUCCGCGCAGACCAUCCAGGUCGGGGAUGUCCUAGCCACAGGCACUCCGGCCGGUGUCGGCUUUGGAUUCCGGCCCAUGAAGUUUCUACAGCCCGGGGAUGAGGUUGCCGUCAGUGUGACCGGCCUGGGAACCUUGACUAACCGCAUCGCUGAUCCGAGCGUGGGCCAUCCUUACCGCACACCAGUGGACUCGGCCACCCACGUACACAUUCCAACCGCAAACCAGAAGGCACCAGCCAAUGUCGGCCUCACUCUGCUCAACAGUAAGCCUUUAUUCUACCAACGCGUUGGCAAUCUGGACGGCGAUUCAGUCCUCUUCAUCCACGGCCUGGGGGCCUCAUCUGCCUACUUUUACCCUCUAGUCGCCCGGCUACAAGCGACUCACUGUCUCCAUCUGUUGGACCUCGAAGGACACGGGCUAUCCCCAACAAGUGCACUGAACGAUUUAACUGUGCAAUCGUUCUCGAACGACGUGUACAGUAUAAUACGGGAGUUCGGGCUGCUCGAGGCUAAGAUCACCGUCGUGGCGCAUUCCCUAGGUGCGCUGAUUGCAUUAGCCUUGGUGCAGGACCAUCCCGACAUCUCUCUCGAGCAACUCAUCCUGAUGGGCCCGCCGCCACAUCCUCUCCCGUCGACUGCAGUACAGGCGACUCUGGCACGGGCAGGCCUGGUACGAGCGCGGGGCAUGGCGGCCGUGGUGGACGCCAUCGUGGCGGGCGGCACGUCACGCAAUACACAAAAGGAGAAACCGGAAGCAAUCGCGGCUAUUCGCAUGUCAUUACUGGGACAAGACUCGGUAGGAUACGCCAAGGCAUGUGUGGCGCUGGCGCGGUCAGGUGAACGCCCGUUGUUCGAUCCGAAAAAUAUCAAAUGCCCCGUUCGGCUCAUCACCGGCGCGGAGGAUGCUGUUAGUUCACUGGCCACUUGUCAGGAGAUUUAUAUAGCGCGUCUUACAGACGUGCAGCUGACACUGCUAGAAAAUGUGGGCCACUGGCAUCUGCUGGAAAAUCCACAGAUGUGUGUGGCAGCAGUUUCAAAUCUCUUGAAUAUAGACGGGUGA